AUGAGGAAAAUCACUUUGGGAAAAAACUUGGUUUUGGAACAAAAAAUCGACACCGACACCGACACCAGAAACGAUUUAGGCUAUCACAAUCCGAUUUCUGUUUCUACUUUUACCCUUCAACUGAUUCCCAAUCCGGUUUGGACCGGAUCCUUGGAGUUGAAGUGGAAUUUAGCAGCUUUUAUAAACACGGAUUUUUCGGAGUGGAUCAGAUCGAGACGAUUGAUACGUAGGUCUGUGCAGCAGACUCGACGACGCAAAGAUUCUGCAACUCCAUUCACGCCCUUUGCGUUCGAGGUCAACUAUCAUCAAGGAAUUUCAAUUCCCUUAGUUCCUAAUUCAAAGAGCUUGGAUUCGGAUAUCGUGAAGAAGAGUUUGGAUUACACUAGAAAGAGAAAGAAAUGGAUUCUUCUCAUCGGAGCGUUAGGGCUUUCAAGUUACGGAGCUUUUAGGGUUUACAACUCACCUUCUGUGGUGAAGAAGAGGGAGAGAUUCGCAAAGGUUUUAGGCUCGUUAGCUUCAAUCGCUGAAUUACUUGGUGAUUCUGCAGAGACAAUAGGAGUCGUUUCAAAGGACUUGAAAGAAUUCAUACAAUCUGAUUCAGACGAAAUCCCAAACAGUCUGAAGCAAUUGUCGAAAAUCACAAGAUCCGAUGAAGUUUCAGAAUCUAUCAUUACUGUUACAAGAGCUUUAACUGUGGGAAUCUUGCGAGGUUACAAAGUUGGGGAAAGAAAAUCCGAUCCAGGUAAUAGUUUUUCAGAUAGAGCUUUAGAUAAAAUCUUUUCUCCUUCUGGAUCUGGUUUCGCCUCCAUUGUUGUUGGAAGUUUCGCUAAGAACAUGGUCAUGGCAAUUUACACCGGAAAUGGAAACGAAUCAAACACCUCAGGAAUCUCAGAAACUUCAACCUCUAUCCAGAAAUUUGUCGAUGUAAUCGCAGAAGAGAAAUGCAAGAAACUAAUCGGCGAUUGCAUCCAACAAUUCGUAAGCACAUUAGUCACAGUUUACCUCGAUAAAACCAUGGAUGUAAACCCAUACGAACAAAUCCUCUCAGGUUUCACAAACCCUAAACACGAAGAAAAAGCAAGAGACCUCUUAACUUCCUUCACCAAUGGAGCAAUCGAGACUCUCGUAAGAACAUCCCACCAAGUGAUUACAAAUCCAGAUGCAAAAGGAAAAGAACUGGUUUUAAACGGAAUCAAACCAAGAAAAAGUCAAAGUAAUUCAGGGUUUGUUCACAAAAUCUCUUCAACUUUAGCAGUUCCUAGUAACAGAAAGCUUGUUCUUGAUGUAACUGGGCGUGUGACAUUUGCAACUGUAAGAUCUUUCUUGGAGUUUUUCUUGGAUCAAUUAUCAUCAGGUAUGAAAAGAAAAGUUGAUGGAGUUCAUGAUGAAGCCAUUGAUAAAGGGCGUGAAGUUUACAGAAUUCAAAAAAAUUUGACGGCGGGCAGAAACGACAACAACGUUCUUUCAUCAUGA